AUGUACUGCGUGUCUGCAGCAGCAGCAGCAGCAGCAGCAGUGGCGAAGGCAGCACUCUGCAGCAGCGCCACGCAGCAGCAGCAGCUGCUGCAGCUACUGACAAAGGCGGCAGCAGCGGCUGCAGCAGCACUGACCAGCAGCACCACCCAGCAGCAGCAGCAGCAGCAGCAGCACCCGCCAGUAGUGCCGCCAGCAGCAGCAGCAGUCAGUGCAGCCGGUAGCAGCAGCAGCAGGACUAAACAGCAGCAGCAGCAAAUAACUUCAACAGCAGCAGUCACCAGCAGCAGCGGCUGCAAUAGCAGCAGCAAUAGCAGCAGGAGCGGCAGCAGGCUUUGA